GUCAGCCAAACUCACGCAGUUUUAUCAAUUGCUUGUCAACUGCCGCUCCACUUCCUUCGCCGAAUCAACCGGACAAUCGAUCCAUCUCACUUCGCUGACAUUGGACAUGGUACCAGGUGGAGGUAAUGGUGUACAUACCACGGUGUACGAAGAAGUCUUGCUGACAAUUCAUGGGGUGCGAAGUUUCAGUACUAUCUAGAACUUUGAGUCGCGUGGACAGUAAAUGAAAUGUUAAGGUGGUUUUUGAUUUUGGGGGUCGGUUUUUGGCCGCGUAUUGCGGCCUUGGACGCGAUUUGCGAACGGAUUGAUUUUAACGAUUUUACCCAGAGUCGGAUAACGGAAUGCACCGGGACGAGCCGGGAGAUCUUCCGGUUGGCUUCGUACGCUACGUCAGCACUGUUCAAGCCGUACCGGGACAACGUUCAGUAUUACCUGGCGAACGAUGUGGUGGGAAUCAGCUGCGGUGAAACCUUGGAGAGUUUCUACAUGCACGAGUUCACCGAGAUUCGGUUGAUCUACCAGCUGGUGUACCGGACGCCGUCUACGUUGACCCUUCGGAUACUUGACAUGGAUCAGCUGGACGCGGCCGGAUUACCGGUGGUAGCACAGCGUUGGAGCUCUCGGGAGAUGACCACUACGUGGAGUUUGUUCACCGGACGAGUUGAGAAGGAAAUUCGCCGGGCAAAGCUACAGAUUGAAGUGGAAGCUACGGUGGGAGCGAGCAUUGCCAUUGAAUACGUUACGGUAUUCAACUCACUGGUUCAGGAACAGUUUUGCAAGGAACUGGAUGAGUUUUACUCGUCUCCCGCGCCGAUCGUUACGACGACGACAACUACGGUUAGGCCAAGUACGACAACAACACGCAGGACUACGACAACUACGGUUCGUCCAACAACCACGACUUCCUCGAGUUCUACGUCAACAACAACUACCACAACGGUUCGUACAACUAGGACCACAACCAGCCCAACGACAACUUCGACAACUCCACAACCUACGACCGCUACGCCGAGCUUCCGCCCUACUAGAACGCGAACGACGGUUACAUCUACGGAAGCCUCCACUACUUCCACUACCCCAGAGCCACCGACUGAACCUUGCGAGACCUUCCCCGAUCCAACCAACUCCGUCCCGCUGAUCCAACGCCGCUCGUCAGCCCUGUGGAUCGCCCUAACCGGAGUUUUCCUCACCUUAUCCCUACUGACCCUGGCGUCCGGCCUGUUCAUCUACUGCAACAGCCGCUCGAUCGAAGCCCAGUUCGGCACAACUCCAGCAUCCCUGCCCAAGAACACCAACCACCACGCCAACAACCACCUUCCGGUGCCGCUGGAGAACCGCACCAUCCACCGGAAGCUCCAACAGCAGCUCAAGAAUAGACUCCAGCAGCAAGCGAAAGCGGACGGAACGGAGCAUUCGUCCUCCCGUCGGGACAGUUCACCGUUCCGGGAAGUUCGCAAGUACCCACGGCCGUCGAUCGAUGUGAAUCUGAACCAACGCGGGGACCAUGACUUCCGGGACGAAAUCAGUGAGAUCAAGUUUAAGAAUCGCGUGAACAAGUUUUGAGAGAAAGAGCAGACGGAGGUCCGUUAUCAGUUACUCAUAUUUGAUAAGAAGUCUUAGAUGUUAAGGGGUCUGUUGAUUUUGUAGUUUUGUUUUUGGGAGUCUCUCUCGUGUCCACGUUGACACCGUGUUGAGCCGCCAAGAUAACGGUUGGAAUAUGAAGAAACGUGGAGUUGCGCAGCAAAGUGAUAGUA